GUGUCUGGUGUUCGGGUAUGGUAGUAAUGUGGUAAUAUAGCAGUUAGAAGUUUUGAAGUGUGUUAAAAAUGCCAGCGGUAGGAAACAACGGAGCACUUGGCUUCCAAAUAAAAGCAAAGUGUAACGUGUGUAAAGCACGGUCAAGUGUAAUGAGUCUGUUGCAUUGUGAGGUAGAGACGCCGGUCUUCAUGCCAGUAGGCACACAGGGCACACUGAAAGGCCUCCUUCCUGACCAAUUGGAAGCUUUGGGCUGCCAGAUAAUGCUGGGGAACACAUACCAUCUAGGAACAAGACCAGGACCUGCUUUAAUAAUGAAAGCUGGUGGGCUGCACAAGUUCAUGAACUGGAAUAGAGCACUCCUUACUGACUCUGGGGGAUUUCAGAUGGUUUCACUGUUAAAGUUGGCAGAAAUUACAGAAGAAGGAGUAAAAUUUCAGUCUCCUUAUAAUGGAUCAGACGUGAUGUUGACUCCAGAGCGAUCCAUUGAGAUUCAGAAUGCAAUAGGUGCUGACAUAAUUAUGCAGCUGGAUGAUGUAGUGAGGACGACAACAGUUGGCCCACGAGUGGAAGAAGCAAUGCAUCGCACCACAAGAUGGUUGGACCGAUGCCUGAAAGCCCAUCAAAAUGCUGACACACAGAACAUCUUUCCUAUUGUCCAAGGUGGGCUGAAUGUAGCACUACGCAGUGAAAGUGCUAAGCAGCUCAUGCAAAGAGAAGUUCCAGGAUUUGCUAUUGGUGGUCUCAGUGGAGGUGAGAGCAAGAAUGAUUUUUGGAAGAUGGUACACCUAACAACAGACUUACUACCAGAAGACAAACCACGAUAUCUGAUGGGUGUUGGUUUUGCACCUGACCUGGUGGUGUGCUCUGCUCUUGGAGUAGAUAUGUUUGACUGUGUGUUCCCUACCAGGACAGCGAGAUUUGGAUGUGCGCUUAUCCACAGCGGACAGUUGAACCUCAAACAGAAAAUUUAUGCCAAGGAUUUCCAGCCCAUUGAUGAAGAAUGUGAGUGUUCAACUUGUAAACGGUAUACCCGUGCUUACCUGCAUACAAUUGUCACCAAUGAAACUGUUUCCUGUCAUCUGCUUUCUGUGCACAAUAUUUCAUAUCAGCUACGACUUAUGAAGUCGAUACGAAAGAGCAUAGAGCAGCAGUGUUUCCCAGAGUUUGUCCGUAAGUUCAUGGCUAACAUGUAUGCAAGCAAAGAAUAUCCACAGUGGAUUGUGGAUGCUCUAUUGGCAGUAAAUAUUCACCUUGAUCUCGCAGCACCCAUAGCUGAAAAGUGAAUUAUGUAGAACAUGUUUUCAGUACCAGACAGAAAUAUUUUCAGAUUCACCUACUUACAUAUGUAACAGGGUGCCAAAGCUUGGGCUGGUUUGUGCCAGUAUUUAUGUAUGAUGUGAUGGAAUGUGUGAGAUCAUGCAUUGUAUUCUCCAGUCUUCUCACUACUCCCAUAAGCGCUUUUGUUUCUGUGUAUGCUCUUUCUGUACUACCUUAUGUGUAUCUUUCCACUCUGCACAGUAUGUCAAGAUCAUUCUGAAAUUUGGCCACAUAUAUGGCAACAAAUCUUUGCCUAAUAAAUUGCUGCUUAAAGUUCA